UAUUUUCGGAUCUUUCAGUCACAGCAAAAAAUGGGGACAUUUCCAGGGACAGCAGUAGCCGGGGACAGGGCACUGAAAACGGGGACUGUCCCCGGAAACCGGGGACGUCUGGUCACCCUAUGUUUACCGUUGAUGAGGUUUCAGGCCCUGCUGCUCCGCCGUUGGUGCAGCGCUCUAUGAGGGCUGUCAACAAUUACAACAUUAGCCUCAGUAAUAGUCUUCGAUGCACAUAUACUCAAACAUCAUACCCAGCACCAUGUCGCCCCGCUUCCGCCACCCCCCCAAGAGUCUGGAAGAGCUGAGUCUGCACGCUGUGUUUGCCUCGGUGGUGGCUGACCUCAACCUGGCACACCUGAUGACCUCUGACCUGCGGCACUCCACCCUGCUGGCCCCCCUGAGGCUCUCGUCCCCUGAGGCGCUGCGAGGUGUUGUAGCGGAAAGGUUGAUGAGGUUGCCAGGGAUACUGAAUGACCAGAUCCGCCGGCGCCUCAUCGAGCUGCUCUUCGCCUCAGUGGAGCCGGACCGCUGGGCUAAUGCCAGGCUGGACGUCCUCAAGGUGCUGGUGGACGAGAGUGUGACCAGCCUGGACUGCCGGCAACAGGCGCUUCCAAGGCAGGUGCUGGAGGUGGUGGCGUCAACCUGUCCCAACCUAACCUGUCUCAAGGUCAUCAUAGAGCAGGAUAACCCAGUCAGUGGCGGUGGUGAGUGGGAACCCGAAGGAGGAGGACAGGGGCAAGGGCAGCCUCCAGACCCUGACACCCCCUCCCCGUCCUCCCUGCCGAGCCCCAGGACUGUAGGGAAGAGGACCGCCGCCCCGCCCACGCUGCACACUCACUCACCCCACACACAACACAACCCACAGCACGCCCUCACCUCCCCCCCAGCCCACCAGUGUUUAGCCAGCCUGACGCGGCUCACCACACUCCACCUCACCAAUGGGGCGACCAAUGAGGUGCUGGCGGCCCUGGGGGAGUGUGUCCAUGGCCUGAGGGAGCUGCGCGUGUGUUACAGCUUCGCAGUGACGGACGCUGGGCUGACGGCUCUGUGCUUGCGCGGUGCCUCGGUGCCGUGGCCCUGGGUGGCAAGGAGGCUGUACUGGCUGGACCUGCCGCCAGAACACUUCAACCCUUGCUGCAGCAGACUGGUGGAGGUGGACAUCCUGGGCACCAAGGUGAGCCAUUUCGGCCUGGCCUUUCUGCUGCGACACCUCCCGGCCCUGCGCUCCCUCGGCCCCUCCCCACUUGUUGCUCCGGCCAUUGAGCUCCUCGUGUCCUGGCGGCCGGCAGAGUUCGGGGCCUUCACGACACACCUGCGCAAGGUGCGCGAUGAUGAUGUGUCUGGGCCACGGCUGCUGACCGUGGCGCUGCACUGCCCCGAUUUGCGUGACCUGAGCCUGACCCACACCUUCCAGGAGGCUGACCUCACCUCACGGCACAGCGUUGUCAUGGCUCAUGUUACCAACCUCAGGCAUCUUAAGCACCUCAGCUUGGUCAACAUCACCGCCCAGUCUGUCGCUGAGAUGGUUAAUGCUGUGGGUAGUCAGCUGACGGCACUCACAGUCAGCUGUAGGCACCUUGAUGUGGCCCUCAUCUUCGGUACCUGCACAGCCCUGAGGCACCUGGCACUGGAGGGCGAGGACUGCCUGGCACCCGUGCUGGCCGUGGAGGGAUUCAGACACACCGCACUCACCAAGCUGCAGGUGGUUAGGAUCAAGUGUGUCCUCCCGGCAGCCUACACUGACAUCAUAUUCACCAAUGCACGCGCCCUUUCAGAACUGGAGAUAGUGUUUCUGAGGGAGAUGCGGGACAGCCAUGUGAGCCGGCUGAUCCGUAACAAGAGUCUGCAGCGAGUGCGUGAGUUCACUGUUCGUCUCGCCCCGAAGCUCACCAUCGACUCGGCUCGCGUCCUGGUGAAGGGAUGCCCCAGGCUGGCGCACCUCAAGGAUCUGGGAGGCUGGGACGUCACCGCAGAGGAGUACAAGAACUUCCUGAGAGAGACGAAGAAGGAGAAUUACGAUGUCAGCGUUGCCUACACGUCUCGCCGCGCUGCCAGUGGUGAACACGAGCCAUCUGGCCGCACCAUCUGGGACCUGGAACUAGACCCACUGCACCGUCUGGACCGCCAAGCCCUCAGACACUCCCUCGGCAACCUCCUGCCAUUGGUGGUGCUCUGAGGUGACCCUUGGCUGUCCCCCUGUCAGCCAUGUGAUAACCUGUGCAUCAUGAUAUCAGUGUCUGUGACCGUGUUCCUGUGAUAUACCCUUCUGGGACCCCUUCCUUCCUCCCUGUGCCCCGCCCUGGAUUGUGGAUAAAAGCCUCAUCAUAGUUUACCUCUAUUUCCACCCCUCCUUCCCUUCCCUUUCCUUCUCUCCUUCCUUCUCUUCCUUCUCUUUGUUUACUGCUUCCCAUCAUUUCUCUUUCUCUAUGAUUUUGGUUCGCUUGAAGUAGAGAUGAACUAUGAUGAGGGUUGUAUAUAUAAGCACUAGGCAGCAAAGGCCAUGUAGUUUUAAACCAUGAAACUGUAAUUAAAUUUCUAUGGUCCAAGGGAUUAGAAACUUACCAUACAGAGCAAGACUGACGAGGCUAAGUUUGUAUUGCUUUGAAUCAUACAGACUACAUUGCAAUCUCAUACAAAUAAAAGAGUUCAACAAGUGUGAUAUGCAUAAAGUUCUCAUACUAGAAAUAAAUGUUAGGACCUGACACUUGGGUUAAAAUCUGUAUUAACCGUGUAGCAGCGACGGGCCAAAUUUGUGGCUUUACCGUGUAGCAGCGACGGGCCAAAUUUGUGGCUUUACCGUGUUGCAGCGACGGGCCAAAUUUGUGCCAUGAUAUAAACCCCAAAAAAUAGAUGAUACAUAAUAUGAUCACAAAUGCUUUGAUAUGUAUUAUGAAAUGGUUUGUGUGAGGGGUGAUUUUUCCUCAUCUUUCUCGCUUGAAGGGACCAUUAACCCGUAAGCUGCGGGACUGAGAUUCUGAGUGCGUCGCCUAGUGCGGCUAUAUCAGCGAGAGAUUGACCUUCAAUAAAUGAUAUCUAAGUUACAUAAACGUGUCAUAAAUAUUACAAUACACAUAUCUGUAGCUCGAAAUGUGUUGUAUCCUGCAUAUUUCUUAGAUUUUUCUAUCACAAAAAUGUUUUUCUGGCAGUAUCUGAAGCCGCGGCGGAAACUUUUUGGCGCCUGUUUGAAAAGCCCGCUUCCAGAAGGCUUACAGCAGCUUACCGCUCAGCCGCCCAGAAGGCGUACAGCAGUUUGCGGGUUAAAAACAUGAUCCCCGCUGCUACUGGGUUAAUUUAGAUUCAGAAAGGAGACAGGCACAAUCUGGCUUACAAGUAGAUAGUGAAUAAGUGGAACAAAUCGAGAUGAUAUUAUUUCAGUACAAAUAUAAUAGAAAUUUUAAAAUGAAGAUUAGAAAUAUUUAUGAAUGGGGAGGCUAAUGUUAGAUGAGUGGUUCUCUGGAGCUGCCAUGUGUGUGCUGACCGGCCUCUUGUAGUCUCCUGAUAUCCAUGUGCAUCUUGUUAGAUAGAAGCCUUAAGAAGAGAGAUGUAAGCCACUGAUGUAUAUAGGAUCAUGUAGUAGAAAAGAAUGUAGGUGUGUCAACAUGUCAUGCACGGAAAUUUCCAUAUCGUUCGAGGAUCAUGUGACCGUAUUAAUCCUAUCGAGCUUGCAUUUUCAAGCCAGCAGCACAUCGCAUGACCGCUGGCUUCCAUAACAAACACAAGCUCUGUAUGGCACCACUGUUGUAUGGGUGAGCUUAAGUUGUUCUGAGGAGUGGCGCCACAUAGGAAUAUGCACCUCUCUCAAAACAACAACAGCCUAGCUCACCUACACAACAGUGGCGCCAUACAGAGCUUGUGUUUCGUCACUGGCAGUCUUUUCAUUUCCAUCUAAAUUCUAUCUAAAUUCUAAAGGAAUUAGGAAAGGAUAAGAAAAUAAAGAAUGUGGCAGAAAACCAUACCAAACUAUUUCAGUCAUGGGCCGGAGUUUAAGGCAAGGAACAAAAGCUACAAGAAGUCCACCAUUUUUAUUCAAACUAGAAAUAGUCUUGAAAGCCCCACGGCUUCAGUGGGCGUAGUGUUAAGAGUGUUCCCUGUCCCAGUGUCAUGCUGUGGUAUAGUUAUUUUUGUACCUGCAUCAGUAAGAAAGUUGUCACUACAUUAUGUCGCUGACCAUUAAGUCCGUGGAGUGGAUUGUGCUCGGCUUUAAGGGAAGCGACUGGUUCAUAAGGUUGAAAAUCCAGCCACACCAGCAUUUUCUCUACUCAGGCAGCAGCUCACCCAAAGUAUUAGAAGAUGUACCCAGGGCAAAAUGUUCUGAUGUGCAUGAUAUUCAUUUGUACAUCACUGCCAGUCCUACCAGUCUUAGUGUCACUGCUGGGUCUCUUAGUACAAAAUAGAGUUGCUAGGGUCAUCAACAUUUAGAAGGGCAUAACUUCAAAAUCUAAACAGAUGGAACUUUUUAUAUCCUGCAUUUAACCUCGGCUUCAUGUUCUUUCUAACGAGACCUCAACCAACACUGUAGGCUUAAUAACUUUGGAGGAGUUCAGUUCUUAACAAAGGCUGAAAAUUAUCAAUGAAACUAAAUUCUUGGCCUUACCUGAGUGCUAAUGAACCCAUUUUAAAUUGCCAGCUUUGAAGUCAUUCUUUUCUGUUCCCUUUUUGUGUGUUACUUAAUAGUUGAGCAACUUUAUCAGCAAUGAAAAUUUUGUCAGAACCAGUCGCUCCCCUCGAUAGGUUGUCUUCUCGUUCCCUGGCCGCGUGUUCUGGUCAUUCUCUUGUCUCCUUCCUGUAGGAUAUGUUAUACUUGUGACAGUCUGUUGGGUACAAUUCCAGUACUAAUUGACUGAUUUUCAAUUGCAAUCUUUCAAGAGUCAUCAUUUUUUUGUAUGUUAGAUACUAGUUGAGCAGCUUUAUCAAUAAUGAGUAUGUCGUCUGAACCAGUCUUCCCUUCAGUAUGUUGUAUUCUUGUUUCCCGCUCUCCAUGUGUUCUAGUCAUUUUGUAUUCCUCUUUCCCAUACAAUCUAUUUAUACUUGUGAGAGUUGUUGGAAGAUUCUGUCACCCUGAAGUGGGCUAUGCUUGGCUUUUCUGUAUGUUACCAAAGGUUUCUCCUUCCCCAUGUGUCCAAGCUAUCAAGUAUUCUGCUUCUCUGCAAUGAUCUUCUUGCACCUGCACCAGACUGGGAGCUACCACACCACCAGGCCACCAUAAAGUAGGAUGUGCUGGGCCAUUCAACACAUGCCCAGACCAAGUUCACCUCCACCACAGAACACCACCUCCUCAACCCUCCCCACCACCACCACAAGUCACCAGGGAAGGUCAGGUCAAGGAAAGAUCACUGGUCGGGUUACAAGGCACGCCCCAGAGGUCAAGACAAGUGGAGGUGAGGCAAAUUUAACCCGGUAGCAGCGACGGGCCAAAUUUGUGGCUUUACUGUGUACCAGCGACGGGCCAAAUUUGUGGCUUUACCGUGUAGCAGCGACGGGCCAAAUUUGUGGCUUUACCGUGUAGCAGUGACGGGCCAAAUUUGUGGCUUUACCGUGUAGCAGUGACGGGCCAAAUUUGUGCCAUGAUAUAAACCCCCCAAAAUAGAUGAUACAUAAACUGAUCACAAAUGCUCUGAUAUAUAUUAUGAAAUGAUUUGUGUAAGGGAUGAUUUUUUCUCAUUUUUCUCGCUUAGAGGGACCAUUAAGAAACUUGAUCCCUGCUGCUACCGGGUUAAGGGCCUCAUGCAUGCACAGGCUGGUGGAGGGAUCAGGAGGAGCACCAGUGGAGGAAGGGAGGAGGAGAGAGACAGAAUUACCUUAAGUAGUGAAAUAUGGCAAGAGGAGUGGAAUACAUGUGGGUGGAGAGAAACAGAGCUCGCCAGAGGAGUAGAAUAUGGAAGGAGACACCAAGAAUUACCAAGUGGAGUGAAAGGUGGAAGAAGGAACCCUGAGAUGUUAAGAGGUGUGGAAUAUGUGAAGAGGAAAGACCCAGAGGAAUGGAAAAUAGGGGGAGAGAGAGACAGAAUCACCAAGAGAAAUGGGAUAUGGGAGAAGAACCGACCUCAAUGCACCAGGAGAAAAGCAAGCCUCAGAGUUACCAAAAAGCUUCAAGAGAGUGAGUAGUGUGUGGGAGGCAGAGAAGGGGAUGCCAGCCACCUCGUACAUCACAGCCACAAAUCUGCCUGGACGUCGCUGUGCCAGGCGUGGAAGACUGAAGAAAGAUUGCCUCGGAGUUAUCAAGAAGCAAUAUAAGUGAGCAGUGUGGGGGAGGCAGAGAAGGGGAUGCCAGCCACCUCA